AUGCCGCUCCCCAAAACCGACGAGGAAAUCAAGGCCAGCUGGUCCCAUCAAGAAUGGGAGUUUUACGCUUGGGAGGAGAAGAAUAAAGAAAAGAUUCUCGACACCCUGAGUCGUGAUGCUGCAUGGGAUGCUCAUAGCAAGUUCAUGAAGCAGGCAUGGCCAGACCCCGAAGGCCGCAGAGAAUACUUUGAAUGGGCACACGCCUGGAACGGACGUAUGUUUGUCAGAAAUAAGUAUGCCAUGAACACUGAGGACUACAUUGAGAUGAUCUCUCAAGCCAACUAUCUGGACACGGACAAAGUCGAAAGAGUGUCUCGCGCUAUCUGUGCCUACCCGAAGGACUUUGUGGCCAUUGGGGAGACAACCUUUGGACGUGUAUUCAGCGGCUAUGCUUUCACGCCCAUAACCGACUUCCUUGAGCCAAAGUACCCUGACUCUGAUUCCGAUGUCUUGGGAAGCAUGAUACUCGCCUUGAGCAUUCAUGUUCCGCACUCACCUCCUUUGUCUCCUGGAUCUUCUGUUCACCCAUUCAACACCGACAGUGAAAAAGGAGGCCACCUCAUAGCCGCAAUCCCCUCUGCAGUGGAAAAGACGCACGCACAUGUCAGCGCGACUUGCGAGUCUGGUCCCCAGGAUUUCGUCUUCGUUCAGUUAGGAUUGCUCUGGACCUUUACUGGGGACUGGGAGAAAGUUCGAGAUGGUAACCCCAAUGACGACAAACGAGGAGAAUGGAACCCGACUGGAUUCGCAGUGGUUGCUCGGCUCGGCCCAAAUGGCAAGCCUGGAGCGAUCUACGUCAUCCACCAUCCCGACCCGGAACCUAAGCUGAAGAAGUUUGGAGAUGAACUUGAUGAGGACUCUGACGAGGACCUUGAUGAGGACUUCGAUGGGGGUCUUGUUGAGCACCAAAAGUCGCACAAGAACGAACAGAAGACCAGCAAGCAAGGCAUCUUCCUCGAACACUAUAUCCCUAGACAUCCUCACCCCAAGAGCAACUCUUCUUUCUGGAUUGCCAAGAUUGCCAAUAGCAUUCAGGAUAUGGGAUCCUACAAGCGCAAGUUUGAGUUUGAUGUUAUCUCGUCUGAAGAACCCCAGAUUGUCAAUGCAAAGAUUUGGACUUGCGGGCUAGAUGGACCUCCGCUCACGCCUGUACGUGAGCCGGAUGAGAUUGACAUCUGA